AUGCCUCCUCCAAAUGUUCUUUGUGUUCCACUGUCGAGUCUCCGCAUUGCAGUAGCACUAGACUGCUCAUCAUCAGCUAUACAGGCUGCAUUGUCAUCGGAUCUCACUGUCAACUUUGCUUCCCCACUGAAAGCGAACGCGACCUUUCAGGUUCCUCAAAGCGACACAGGAUAUCCUAACAGCCCAGUCGGCCUACCUGCUCUAUGUGCUGUUUCGGUACAGGUCCCGUCUAAAGGGAACACAACAUUUGGAUUUGGCCUGUUCUUGCCUGAUGACUGGAAUGGAAGAUUUCUAGCCGUAGGCAAUGGAGGAUUUGCUGGUGGCGUCAACUGGGAGGAUAUGGCAGCAGGCGUACGUUAUGGCUUCGCUACCAUGUCCACAGACACCGGUCACAACUCUUCAACGGGCGAUGGGCAAUGGGCAGCCAAUGAGCCCAACAAAGUCGAAAACUGGGGUCACUUGGCUAUGCACGGCUCGGUCGUCGCAGGCAAGGCGAUUACUUCCUCGUACUACAAGAAAGACAUUACUUACAAUUACUACUCCGGAUGUUCCACGGGUGGCCGCCAAGGUUUGAAAGAAGCCGAAUUCUACCCCGAGGACUUUGACGGCAUUCUCGCUGGUGCUCCUGCAUGGUGGACCUCGCAUUUACAGCCCUGGACUGUAAAGGUAGCACUGUACAACCUUCCAGCAACAGCAGAUUACCAUAUUCCACCUGCAUUGUUUCCAGCUAUCGCCAAGGAAGUACUGAAGCAAUGCGACCCUCAGGACGGUCUGGCCGACAACAUCAUCUCCGAUCCUGUGGGCUGUAACUUCCGCGCUGAAGAGCUUCUCUGUGGCGCGAAUGUCACCAACCCUACAUCAGCCGGCUGCCUUACCUCCCCACAGAUAUCCAGGCUUUACAAGAUCUACACCGAUUCCAUUGGCGAAAACCAGACAUUCUUGUUUCCACACCUCUAUCCUGGAUCUGAAGGUCAAUGGUUUCUCCUCUCCGGCAAUGAGCCCAAUAGCCUCGGUACCGAUUACGUGCGCUACUUCCUUGGUCUUGGUAAAGACUGGUCCUUUUACGACUACAACGAGGACAUACAGCGCCUUGCCAAUCAACUCCAACCCGGCAAUGCCUCUGUAGGCUAUGAUCUCUCGUCUUUCCACGCCAAGGGCGGAAAGAUUCUCUCGUAUCACGGUAUGGCUGACGGUCUUAUACCCACCGGAUCAACACCAUACUACUACAACCAAGUAUACCAGACCCUAAAGCCCAAAGGCGUCGAUGUCGACAGUUUCUUCCGUUUCUUCCUCGUCCCAGGUAUGGGCCACUGUUCGGGCACGACGCCGAAUGUCAACGCGCCGUGGUACUUUGCCGGUGCGAAUCAAGCUCCUGUGCUAGGAUCUACAGUUUACGGUGUCCCCGGUUUCAGGAACAAAGAGCAUGACGCUCUACUAUCCAUGGUGGCUUGGGUAGAGGAAGGUGUUGCGCCGGACCAGAUUAUAGGAACAAAGUAUGUGAAUGAGAAGACACAAGCAGAGGUUUCGAAACAAAGGCCUUUGUGCAUGUAUCCGAAGGCGGCAAAGUACAAGAGUACGGGAGAUGUGAAUAUGGCGGAGUCUUGGGAGUGCAAGUUGCUAUACUAA